GCCUCGGCUGGCAGCCCCUCCGUCGUGAGCUUCCCCGGCCCCGAGCAGCUGUCGCUGCGCGGCAGAGACGGGCAGGACCACCGCUUCGUCUUCGACCACGUGCUGCCGCCCGAGUGCGCGCAGGAGCAGGUCUUCGCGCGCCUGGGCGAGCCGCUGCUGGAGGGGGCUCUCGCCGGGUUCCACGGGACCGUGCUCGCUUACGGGCAGACAGGGAGCGGGAAGACGCACACCAUGCUGGCGCACCGGGUGCCCCCGGAAGAGCGCGGGCUCAUCCCGCGCCUGGCGGACGCCCUGUUCGCGCGCGUUGCGGCGCUUAGGCAGAACCACCAGAGCAG